GUUAGGUUUACCAUAACUGAUACCGUGACGACCAGUUUUAGAAAGUCUUCUCGACUGUUAAGAAAGUGACUUGAAAUUAAACCUAACCUAGUAGUGUAAUACAUAUGUUCAGAUGGUCAGUUCGUUGCAAAAUAUUGUUUAUAAAUAGUACAGCACAAAAAGGAACAAAUUUUCAAUGUAUUAUUUCUAGUCUAAUACGUGGGAACCUUGUUGAAGGUCAGAGGUAUACAAGAAAAAAAAAAUAUUUUAUUACAUUACAUUAUAAUAUAAGAUGUUCGGUCAGUAAUUGAGUGUGUUGGUUGUUCCUGCGUACUUUGAAAUACUAUGAAGAAAUUCUGCGUGAACGUUAUUAUUUUGUUAGUAGUUUGUGCAGAAUGUAGAAGAAGAGGAGGGGGAUCCAAGACAACACAUCCAAAACCCAGACCUAGUUAUCAACCAUAUAAUCCACCCGCACCUUCAGCUCCAUCAACAACUUCAAACAAUAGAAAUCCCCCGGAGAUAGGAUUUAAAAAACCCAACGACCCCAUAGGACCUCCUUUAUCCAACAAGCCAUUGCAAAAUGAAAGUCCAAUGGGACCACCACAAAAGGCAAAUAAUUUGGGAAAUUCAGCCCCACCUCCAUAUGGAAUGCAUCCACCUGCAUACAGUCCGGGACAUUCUCCCUAUUCGCCCCCAUAUACUCCAAAUGGUGCACCACCUGUAUUUCAACCAACUUAUAAUGGAGGCACUUUCAAUCCUCCGCAAGCUUCUUAUCCCCAUCAGAACUGGGGUCAUCAUCCACAAGGAGGACACCACUCUCCGGGAGGCGGAGUAACGAUUAUUAAUAAUAAUAUUAACAACCACGGAUACUCUGCUCCCAUGGCUUAUCCAUCUUAUACUUAUCAUUCACAUGACACUGGAAGUGGCACUUUAGGGUUUUUCUUAGGAUAUUCCUUGGCUAAAAUUAGUACACCUACUUAUCACACACACAAUAGUAACUUCUAUGACGGUUACAGACCCAGAUAUGAUCAUUACGAAGUGCAUCAUUACUAUCACAACACCGAAAAGGUGGUAGAGAAGGAGAAGAUUAUUGAAUCAAAUACAAUUGUAGGAUGUGUGGGCGACAGUGGUAGUAUUUGUCCUGCAAAUACCACGUCAUUGUGUACCAGCAAUGGAGCAAUUAUGUGUGUAGCAAGCGCACUGUCAACAGUACCAUGCAAAGAUGUUAAGGAUACAAAUUGCAUUAAAAGUUCAGUUCCUUGUAUCGAUAAGAACGCACCGGAAUGUAAAGAUAGCAGUCAGAAUACGACGACUGUUAGUAUUCCUUGUAUUUCAACAGCCAAAAUUUACGGAAAUGUUACCUAUGUUAAUAAUACGAUAUUAGUUGAACCCACCAAUGUAACUAGUAACAAUAAUAAUGCAACAAAUUCGACAAUAACUGCUAAUAACUCAACGACGCCUGUUCCUACAACAACUACGCCAGUUCCUACAACAACUGCACCUUCCACAACUACGACGGCUAAGCCAGAGCCCCAAAAUUUCUGUGUAACUAUUAUAGCUCUGCCAGCAAUUAGAAAACAAACACCAGGGGAAGAUUUAUUUGAUAGUUUGGAUAAAACUGUUGACAAAUUUCUAACUGCGUCAUUUGGUUUGAAAUAAUUAGACAAUUAGAAUUAUGUGUAGAUUAUGUUUUUACCAUUGUGAUAAGAAAGAAAAAACUC